AUGCUGCAUAUGAUAUGCUCGGACAAGCUGCGCCGCCAUCUGCAAUCGAUCUUUUUGGGCAAAUUGCACAUUUGUCGUCUCAGCAGCGUCGAUCGAAGCCCGACCCAUUUGGCAGCCCUACAGGAUUUAUGUGGUCGAACUUCUUCGCCUGGACAGCAAAGUCAGGAAAACGUCUACAACAACUUGUUUGGCAACUCAGAAAAAGAUGCAACAGCAAAAGUUCAUGCUGGCCUUGCGUAUCUGUUCGCAGAUUGCUGUUCAGUUUUUGGACGCUACGGAGAAAGUAGUCGUACUGUCCCGAGGGAGCGCAUCCAUCUGCAAAUGAGUGACCUAACGGCUGCAAAGAAGCUGUUCGGUGGUGCCCGCUAUCACACUAACCAAUUGAAAAUUGGCAUUAGCAAUGACACUGUAGUACCGGCCGAGGUCAACACACAAGUCUCGACAUUGUCUAACUCUGAUGCUGAGCUAUUUCUUGAUGAGGAUAUUGUGUGCUCGGCUGUCAACAACUAUGCAAUUUGUUCACUUUACUGCUGUGAUGUAAAGGCAGCUAUUGCUGCGCUGGAGCGAAUGGUUCGGUCAAACCCGCAACGCUUUCUCAACGGCGUGGUCGUGUUCAAUCUUAGCUCACUUUACGACCUUCAAUUUGACAACGCCACGAGCAAGAGCCGUAAAGAAAUGAGCACGAUUGCCAAUCUGUCGACCCGGCAGCUUAUCGCAUUCAAUAGAAACGUGCGAUGCAAGUGUUGUUUAUACUUUUCGCUUCUUAGUUGCUCUUUGCCACCAUUACCUUCAUCGUUAGCGUCGUCGUCAUCGAAGUGGACAUGA